AUGUGGAAGCUCAUAUGGACCUGCACUCUUUGUUGUUUAGGCUGCAUAUUUGCAAUAGGCCAGCUGGAUAUUACUACAGGAAAGGUUGACCAGAACACUGUUGUUGGAAAUCCAAAUGAGCACACUCACAGAUUCUUUCAAAUGUUUGUGGAAAAGCCUGGAGACAAAAUACUCUUGCCAAGACAAAAGCGUAAUGCUUUUCUGUCCAGUGGAGUACGCCUGUGCAGUCAAGAAACAGUGCAGCAAGCCAUUACUAACCAUCUGAAGUACUAUCAGCUAAGAGUGUGUCAGGAAGUUGUAUGGGAGGCCUUCAAAAUCUUCUUGGAGCGCCUUCCCAAUCAGGAAGAGUACCAGAACUGGAUGAGCCAAUGUCAAACAGAUAGAGUUUCCAUAGGAGAGAUUGGCACUGCCUUUAGCCAAUCAGAGGAACACAUUACACUUGUCCAGAGAAGACUUGCACAGACAAGACCAAAAAGACCGGAGAACUCCUCCCAAGAACCAGGCAGUGUUACACCAGUUGAUGAGCUUCAAGCUGUGACCGCUGUGUUGGUGACCUCAGUGGUUCCAGAUGAGAGCGUGAAGGAAGUUACUGUAGAAGCACCAUCGGAAGCUAUAUUGAUGGAGCAGGAUACUGAGAUCACUAAUGAGAUUGAGCAGGAAGCUGCUGCUUUGCCAUCGCAUCCUCUGGUUGAGCAGAAGGUGGAGCUGGCUUUAUUACUGACUGGGGAACCAUGGAGUGAAGAGCUGUUCAACUCCAACAGCAGUGAACAUGGCAGACUUACUCAGCAGAUCACAGAGAAGAUUUCAGCUGCUUUGGAGAAACUAACAGAAUUUAAGAGUGUAUCAGUAAUGAACAUUAGGCCACAGAUGGAUCCCUCAAGUGGUGAAAAGGCAGUACUGGUGGAAUAUGUUGUGUCCCUGCAGACACGCAGUGUAGAGAUUAGCAGUGAAACACUGGACUUCAUUAAUCUUCAAUCCAAUAUGGUAGAAGGCACAUUCAGUUAUUCAGAGGGCCCCACUGUCCAAUACACCAUUAUUGACCUCCGCCCUGACAUCACUGAGGCUCUGCAUGAGGAAACAUUUCCAGAAGAAAUCCAACCAGCAGAGAAAUCUCCAGACUCUGACCUCAAGGAUGAUAUUUUAGCAGUAGAAAAACCAUCUGAGCUGCCAGGAGAGGUGCUGAAGGAGAUCUUCACAGCUGGUGAACAUUUGGAUCCUGCUAUGUCAGAAGAAGGAGGUGUGGUUGAGCAGGAUGUCGUAAUUUUAGAUGAGAGCACUCCAGCCCUUAUAGACCAUCUCAGUGGGGGUUUCACAGAGGAACUUCAAGACAAUGUAUUGGUGUUGCCGAUUACUCCUAGCCAGAUUGCUACCAUGGAAGGUGAAGCUGUUGGCCCCAUUAUUGAUUCCAAAGAUAGUGAUGUCACAACAGAUGACCUUGAUCCUGCUUCUGGAUCUGGUGGAGGAGAAGAAAGUUGGGCAACCGUCUUGCCUACUGAGGCACAGAUGCCAAUUGGAGAAGCAGAAGUUGAUGAAGAGGUUUUCAUUGAUGAAGACAUACUACAGAUAGACUAUGAGUUCUCAACAAUUACAACAGUGGUUGAAGAGAGCCAGAUUUUGCCUGAAGAAACCUCUGAACUGACUACUGUUGAAGAUGGAAAGGAAGAAAACCUGCAGGUUACUAGUGAUUCACCCCCAAUGCUGCCAGUGCAAGUGACUGAGGUCGAAUCUACCCCACAACCUGAAGAAGACCUCAUACUAUCUGCCGAAGAAGAGAGGCCAGAUGAAGGCAAGAUGCCAGGAAUGGCUAUAACAGAAACAUGGAUUGAUGAGGAAAACAAUGUUGGAAUUAUAACAAAGAAUGAAUCGCUUGGAAUUAUCACGAAGAAGGAAUCAGAGGACGUAGAAGAAGAUGAAGAGGAAGAAUAUGUUUACAGUACCACAAUUGCACAGGAGAACAAUGAUUUUGUAAUAACGGAUGUUUUAGCUAUACAAUUUUCAGAGGAAACAGAGGACUAUCUAACAAAGGAUGAGGUCAUACUGGUCACCAUUGAACCAACAAGUUCAAUCUCUCCAACUCCUCUUGUACCUGAAAAAGAAUCACCCUUCUUCCCUAUUACCAUGAUGACCCCAGAAGAGGUGGGGUUAGGACAUACCUUAAGUUCAGAAGUCAUGACUACAUCUCUGGCUGUGAUCCAUUACAUUGAGGAAGAGGGUAGUGGCAUUGCUGGUGACAUCCAGGGUGAUAUAGUUUCCAGUGUUGCCUUGCCAACUAACCCUGGCCGUUCUUUGAUGGUGUUUUUCAGUCUGCGUGUAACUAACAUGAUGUUCUCUGACGAUCUGUUCAAUAAGAGCUCUGCAGAGUACAAAGCCUUGGAACAACGAUUCAUUGAACUGUUGGUGCCAUAUCUGCAGUCCAAUCUCAGUCACUUUGAGAACCUGGAGAUCUUGAACUUCAGGAAUGGAAGUAUAGUGGUGAAUAGCCGUAUGAAGUUUGGGAAGCCUGUUCCUCGUGAAGUCAAUACUGCUGUCUACCUCAUUCUAGAGGACUUCUGCAACACAGCUUACCAGACCAUGAACCUUGCCAUAGACAAAUAUUCAUUGGAUGUUGAAUCAGGGGAACAAGCAGACCCAUGCAAGUUUCAGGCAUGUAAUGAGUUUGCAGAAUGUACAGUAAAUCGCUGGUCAGGUGAGGCUGAAUGUGUGUGCAAUGCUGGUUACUUCAGUGUGGAUGGACUACCCUGCCAGAGCAUCUGUGACAUUCAGCCUGACUUCUGCCUGAAUGAUGGGAAAUGUGAUAUUCUUCCUGGUCAAGGAGCCAUAUGCAGAUGCCGCGUUGGGGAAAAUUGGUGGUACAGAGGAGAACAUUGUGAAGAAUAUGUUUCAGAGCCACUUGUAGUUGGUAUUGCCAUAGCAUCUGUUGCUGGGUUCCUUCUGGUGGCGUCAGGAGUAAUCUUCUUCCUAGCAAGAACUCUGAGAGAUCAGUAUGACAAAGAUGAGACCGAGGACCCAAUGCGGAGAGAGGACAGUCCACCAUUUAUAGACAGGGCCACUAAGUACAACCCUAUGUUUGAGAGCGAUUUAACGACCGGCUACAGCCAUUACUAUCAGCGGUAUCCUGAGCCCCCAGUUCACAGCAGCGCCAGUGCCGAGGCGUCCACUGACUUCAGCAGCGAAGAGAUACGACAUAUUUAUGAGCACAGUGAACUUACUAAAGAGGAGAUUCAAGAUCGUAUCCGCAUCCUUGAACUCUACGCUCGAGAUCGUCAGUUUGCAGAUUUUGUGCGGCAGCAUCAAAUCUCAAUGGAUAAUCGAGAAAGAGAAAGUUCCUCCACAUAG